GGUGUCUAUGGCCCGGCCUUGAGCACCGGGCUUCCGCGGUAUCACUUCUCCCUCCGGCCACGCGGGGCGCGCGCGCUUCUGUCCAUCCCUCCAUCCCUCCCUCGCAGCCCCGCCUCCCCGCCCGGUAACUCUGCCUGUCCCCCGACGCCUCGCAUUCUCUUUCCGCUUCCUGUGUCCCCUAGAGUCAUGGCUGCCGCCUCGUCCUCCGCCACUGCUGCCGCCGCCCCUUCGCCGUCGGGCUCCUCGGUGUCUACGGACGAGCUGCUGCUCCAGGGAGGCGCCGACAAGGCCGAGGAAGAGCUGGAGGACGAAGAUGAUGACGAGCUCGAUGAGACCCUGGCCGAGAGACUGUGGGGCCUGACAGAGAUGUUCCCAGAAUGCGUCCGGUCUGCUGCAGGAGCUACCUUUGACCUCUCCCUCACUGUAGCCCAGAAAAUGUAUCGGUUCUCCAGGGCAGCUCUGUGGAUUGGGACCACCUCCUUCAUGAUCCUCGUUCUGCCGGUUGUCUUUGAAACAGAGAAGCUCCAGAUGGAGCAGCAGCAACAGCUACAGCAGCGGCAGAUCCUCCUAGGCCCUAACACAGGUCUGUCUGGAGGGAUGCCAGGGGCCCUGCCUCCACUUCCUGGAAAGAUUUAGAGAGGAUCCACUGCAUCUGACUGUGCUCGAUGAGGGGAAGUUUCAAACUCAACUGUGUUGGGGAACUGUUGGUCGUUUGAAAUGUUUUUGUUUUUUUCUGGGUUUCUUGGGCACGUUGAACCAUCCGAACACUAUGGGCAGAAUCCUUUGUACCCCUCUGUAGAGCUGUGCAGUGCACACUGGCAUGAUGUCUUUUUCUUCAGUCCUCCCACUGAUACCAGGGAGUGCAAGGAUGCAGUGACUCCCUAGCUCCCUUCGGCCUUGCUAUCCACCUCACUAAGCUGCUAUCAGUCAAGGGAUCCCCCUCUGCCUUUGCGGGGGGAAUGGGGUUGGGGAACAGAAGUCAGCAAGAUCGAGCUCCGUCUGACCACUGAGAACCGUAGGGGAAGAAACCAGAAUCUGACCCAGUGCAACAACUGUGGGGUUUAUAAGCGUCACUGAAUGUGUGUGCUCUGGGCAGCUCUACCUAAAACCAGGGAGAAGGAUGAAGGAGUCAUGGUCUCUUCCUGGCGUGCUGGCAGUUUUCUGUUUGCCCUAUAAAGCAAUGUGUGUAUGAGAAAAUCAUCGCUAACUUUUUGUAAUAAAUAUUAAAAAUUAUUCCAACUCAAA